GUGCGUUCGGGCCGGAGAGUUGUCGGCGGAGCGGAGUUGGGGGUUGCCGCCGCUCGGCAGCGCGGAGGCGGCUCGCGGUGUCUCGGCUUCUGCCGGCCGGGCCGCGGGGAUGGCCGCGUCUGGAGGGCCACGCUGAGCCGAGCGAUCCCGCGGGGGCCAUGCCACUGGCCGCCGCGGGAGGAGAGCCGGGCGGGACGGCCGCCCCGCCAGCGCCCGGCAGCGCCUGAGCCCGCGCCGUGCCCCGCGCGUCGCCAUGGACGAGCGCUUCAACAGGUGGCUGCUGCCGCCGCUGCUGGCGCUGCUCUUCCUGCUCAUCGUCUACCAGUACGUGUCGCCCGUCUGCCCCGGCGCCGCCUGCCCCCGCCGCCCGCCCGUCUCGGCCCCCGCCGCCCGCCGCGAGGAGCAGCCGGCGGAGCGGGACGAAGAGGAGGCGGCGGCCGCCCUACCGCGGCUGGAGCCCAAGUUCCCGUUCGCACGGGGGGAGCUGUGCCGGAGGGUGCGCUUCGACAUGCGGGGCCGCGACGUGAUCGUCUUCCUGCACAUCCAGAAGACGGGCGGCACCACCUUCGGGCGGCACCUGGUGCGCAACAUCCGUCUGGAGCAACCCUGCUACUGCCGCGCCGGGCAGAAGAAGUGCGCCUGCCACCGCCCGGGCGGCGAUAAGGACACCUGGCUCUUCUCCCGCUUCUCCACCGGCUGGAGCUGCGGGCUGCACGCCGACUGGACCGAGCUCACCAGCUGCGUGCCCGCCGCCAUGGAGCGCCGCGGCUGCGCCGGCAACCGCACGCUCAGGAACUUCUAUUACAUCACAAUGCUGAGGGAUCCAGUAUCACGAUACUUGAGUGAAUGGAAGCAUGUCCAGAGGGGUGCAACGUGGAAAACUUCCCUUCAUAUGUGUGAUGGAAGAAGCCCAACACCAGACGAGCUACCAACCUGUUAUGAAGGAGAUGACUGGUCUGGAGUCAGUUUACGGGAGUUCAUGGACUGUAGCUACAACUUAGCCAACAACCGCCAGGUGCGCAUGCUGGCAGAUCUCAGCCUGGUGGGAUGCUACAACUUGACUUUUAUGAACGAGACUGAGAGAAACGUGAUUCUUCUCCAAAGCGCCAAGAACAAUCUGAAAAAUAUGGCCUUCUUUGGGCUUACGGAAUUUCAGAGGAAAACACAGUAUCUCUUUGAGAGGACAUUCAACCUGAAAUUCAUUUCCCCGUUCACCCAAUUCAACGUCACACGGGCCUCCAAUGUGGACAUCGGUGAGGAUGUGCGGCAACGGAUAGAGGAGCUGAACUUCUUGGACAUGCAGCUUUAUGACUACGCCAAGGACCUGUUCUUGCAGCGCUUUCAGUACUCCAAGCAAGAGGAGCAUCAGCUGAACCGCCUAAAGAGGCGAGAGGAGCGGAGACUGCUGAGGGAGCAGAGAGCUCACCAGUGGCCAAGGGAAGAGGCGGCAGAAGUAGCUGUUACUGAAGAUUACAACAGCCAGGUUGCACGGUGGUAACACUCCUCCAUCUUGCCUAACCCAUGGGGGGAUCAAAGAGGCUGAUUCUUCGUGCAGCUCAGCUGCCUGAAAGUCGGCCAAGGAAGGCCACCCACCAUGGUAAAUGAUACAGCAUCUGACAGCUAACCUUCCUUGUCUCCGUUUUUCUUGCUUUCUGUCAGUAAGAAGAAUAUAUUUUUUUUUCUCCGUGUACUUUAAUUAGUGUUCUUAGUCGCAGUAGAAGAGAUUCCCAUCCAAACAGACUUCCUUCAAAACCCUAAGCUGUGAGAAUGGGUUGAAGAGAGGGCUGUGUCUAUGACAUUAACAGACGUACCCUCUACAAUCUGAGCUACCAAAGCUUGUGCAGACAUGAAUCAAAAUUGGAAAAAAAAAAUUUUGUUUUGAUUCCUCUGUGUUGUGAGAGCUGGUUUAUUUCAUAUUGUCCUUUGCAAUUGUAGUGUGUAGCUUCCUAGUGAAUGAAAUGGAGGUAAACAUAUUGCCCUUCAAACUUCUACAUGCUGGGUUUUGAUUAAGGAAAGAAUUUGCUGAGGUGAUUAAAAAAGACAAAGGAAAUGUGGGGUUGGUGUAGUGCUUGUUCUUUUCUGUAAACCUGCAGAGAUCAGAGGUCAGAGAUCAUUUGUAAGCAAAUUGAUGGGGGGUUAGUUUAUUUCUCUGCAGAUGUUAAGGGUAUCAGACUCAGCCAGGUAGCAGCCAUCUUCUGAAGUGUGUGUGGCAAAGGGAAAGCUGGAAUGCAAAAACUGGGAAAUGAGGACCUUGCUGCAGCUGGUCGCACACUGCCAAGAUUAUCUGGCUGUAGGCAAUGAAAUCAGCCUUCACAUUCACAAAAGGUGAAGAGGGGCUAAGUGAACUACAGGAGAGAGGAAAGACAGAGCAGGAGAAGCUUGAAUAUUAGUGGGACGUUUUCUAGAUUUGCUGCAAAAGCCUGGAGAUGUAUUGUCUGUGAAGACAGGCAGGCUUAUGAUAUUGUCUGUUAAAAUACAUUAAUGCCAAGUGAGCACAAUUUGGUUUUCUCUCUAACUAUGGUAGUAGCUACAAAAAAAACCCUCAGCUUUUGUUUUUAUAGAUACAUAGUAGAUAUUUGGGAAGGCUUGAUAUUUAUUAUUCUGUAUGAAGAUUCUUUGUAAAUUAGUUGUUUUCAUGAAGAGAGGUCUGUAUCUGGUUUUAUUCCUUGUCUACAAAAAGAUUCAAUGGAUUCUUUGUCCACACAUUACAUUCUUAACUGCACCUAUUUAUUCUGAUUUUUUUUUUCUUGAUUCUAUUUGUAAUAGUGGAACUUUGAAAAGAGGGUCCUGUGCAUCAGAGAUCUUUUGAGGGAGUUUUUUUCCUUCUUCUUCUAGCAUAAAUCUAAAGCAUUAGGAGGAAAUUUCUCUAAGUGCCUCAACGUGGCUGCUAAAUCAAGAUGCUGAAAGUAUAUUAUUGCAUGCAUGAAUGGCUUUUACCUUACAGAUUUACUAAUUAGAAAUAGUGGAGCACCUGAUGUGGAUGCACAUUUCUCACGUAUUUUCAGAAUUCAACUUUUUAGCCACUCAUUAAAAGUUUAACGUGCUGCAGAAAAAGAAAUCAAGUUUGAAAAUUUAUCCCUUAUUUCCAAAUGUUGUUUUUAAUGCAUGCUGUAUCUUUUUUUAGUUCCAACAAUGCUAUUUGCUGCUUAUCUAUGCAUAGUAUCAAAAAUAUGAUCUAAAGAUCCUGUUGAGAGUUAAUGCAUACAACAAUAUGUUCAACUUGGAAUAUCAUAAAGAACAUUAAGAAGUGAAGAAGGCUACUGGGGGGACACCUCAAUACUGAUGUAGCUUAUUGGCAAUAUGCUUCUUGACAGCAGUGUGUUAGUUCUGUGAUAAGCAGCAGGGCUAUUGGUCCGCAAUACCUGUUCCAUUGGUGGAUGGCAUACGCCUCCUCCCACCUCUGCCUUCAGAAGGGAAAUCACGGGACUACAGUGAUUCUCCUGCCCAAGCUUGGGAUGUCCAUCUUAGAAAAGACUGCCCGACGUCCUGUCUGGAUCCUCAUCUCCCUGAAGAGGCUCCCAGACUCUUCACUCACACAGAAAUACCCGUGUUCAGAGGUUUGAAUUGAAGCAUUUACAGAUUGACUCUCGCUGUUUGUGCAAGAGAAGUGAAGGUGCCUGUGGCACUCCAUGCACCAUGUCCAGGGUCUGUGACUGCUCUUCUUGUCUCUGUGAGCACAGGGAGCUGGAGUGCCAGGGGGACCCCGAAGGGCCCUGUGCCAGAGGCAGAGAUGGGCAGGAGCAGGGCUGCUGUUGGGUGUGCGUGGAAGGAAAGAUGCUAGGACAAAUUUGGAUUAAGGAGAAAGAUAAACAAGAAAACAGAGUAAGUCCCAUCUGUAAAGUGUCCAUCAGCACCAAAAGGGUUCCCUUUGUCUCAUCCCUGCCUCUCUCUCCAGCAGACUGCCUCAACAGCAACAGAGGCCUUGUUUUUCAUUUUGGAAGUGUAGUGUUAUCUUUCUAGGGGAAAGGAGAGAGAGAGAGCAGAAAUUCUUCCCUGCAGCCCCAUCAGUUGCUCAAAGCAUCAGUUUCAGUUCUCUAGGCACACGAACAGGUCUCCAGACUUCUGCACAAUGCAAAACAAAACCUAAUGAGGAAAAUCAAAGCGGUCUUUGGGCAGUUUACAUGAACUUUAAUGGUUUGGCAAUACCUUAAUGCAAUGCCUAACAUUUUCUCAGUCAUUCCCCAGAAGAUGAGAUUAGGGUCUUGAAGAGCUGCUAAUGUUCUGUAGUAUCUACCUUAAUGGCAUUUGCUUUAAAGCUUGGGACUUAGUUAAAAUUUAAGGUUUCUCUUGUUUUUUCUUUUUCCCGGAGCCUGUCCAUAGCACUGGUGUCACAUAGCACUGGUUUUGUAGAAUCAGAGUCUGAGAUCAUGCUGUCAUCAGAGCCCAUGGCCCCAUCAGCUCCCUAUAGCUACAGCAGUUAAGUCCAGUGAGCCCCCAGUGUCAACACUGCUUCUGCCAUCGUUAGCAGAUAUUCCUGACACAUACAAAAUAAGGCUGUUCUGAAAUACUUCCAGGUGGACUUGUCUUAAGACACAAGCAUGCAGCUUUUUCUUCUCAAGGGCAGCACCCAAAAUAAUGUAAAUCAGCAGAAGAAUAAAGGUCCUGGUUUAUCUCUCUUCACAGAAUCACGGAAUCACAGAAUGGCCAGGGUUGGAAGGGACCUCAAGGAUCAUGAAUCUCCAACCCCCCUGCCACACGCAGGGCCCACAAGCACCCCAUUUAAUACUAGACCAGGCUGCCUAGGGCU